AUGCACUUCGUGGCCGACUUCUUCACCUACGAGACCACCAAGUCGGUGGUGGUGAAGAGCUGGACCAUUGGCAUCAUCAACCGGGCCGUUCAACUUCUCAUCAUUUCCUACUUCGUGGGGUGGGUGUUCUUGCAUGAGAAGUCAUACCAGGUGCGAGACACGGCCAUCGAAUCCUCCGUGGUCACCAAGGUCAAGGGCUUCGGACGCUACGCGAACAGGGUCAUGGAUGUGUCCGAUUACGUGACCCCACCCCAGGGGACCUCCGUCUUCGUCGUUAUCACCAAACUGAUUGCCACUGAAAACCAGGUGCAGGGAUUCUGCCCAGAGAGCGAAGCCAAGCACCGCUGUGUCACCGAUGGCCACUGUAGACCCGAGAGCACUACCGGCGGGGGGAUCCUCACCGGGCGCUGCGUGAGCUACAACACGAGCCUGGACACCUGUGAGAUCCAGGGCUGGUGCCCCAUGGAAGUGGACACUGUGCAAACGCCCAUCCUCAUGGAAGCUGAGAACUUCACCAUCUUCAUCAAGAACAGCAUCCGCUUUCCUCUCUUCAACUUUGAGAAGGGCAACCUGCUGCCCGACCUCACGGCCGAGGACAUGAAGAGAUGCCGCUUCCACCCGGAUACAGCCCCCUUCUGCCCCAUCCUGCGCCUGGGGGACGUGGUCAAGUUUGCUGGACAGGAUUUUGCCAAGAUUGCCAACACGGGAGGAGUUGUGGGCAUUAAAAUUGGCUGGGUCUGUGACUUGGAUAAAUCCUGGGAUCAGUGCAUCCCCAAAUAUUCCUUCACCCGCCUGGACAGCGUUUCCGAGAAGAGCAGCGUUUCUCCUGGAUACAACUUCAGAUUCGCCAAAUACUACAAGACGGAGAACGGCACCGAACACCGGACCCUCCUGAAGGCCUUUGGCAUCCGCUUUGACGUGCUGGUGUACGGAAAUGCAGGGAAGUUUAACAUCAUCCCCACCAUCAUCAGCACGGUGGCAGCCUUCACUUCUGUGGGAGUGGGGACCGUCCUCUGUGACAUCAUCCUCCUCAACUUCCUCAAGGGUGCAGAGCACUACAAGGCCAAGAAAUUUGAAGAGGUGACGGAGACAACACUGCGGUCCACCACCUCCGCCAACCCCGUGUACCACAGCAACCAGACCUUGGAGGGGCGCAGUGAGGAGAAGCAAUCCACGGACUCGGGCGCUUUCUCCCUUGCCUUAUAGGGCUCCCUUCCUUUGCUCUUUUCUGCCCUUCCUCCCUCCUCGCACACUGCCCACCCGCUGGGCCCCUGGGCUCUGCAUCCUCAGCCUCAGGAAUGGCGGCCUCAUUUCCCCACAUCCCACCUGGAGGGGAGGAAGCCCUCUGCGGGAGGCCCUGUGAAGGCCGCAGACACCGAGCCCCCUAGCAGCCCUGGCCUCCUCCCAAGGCUGAGAUUCAGGAAAAUCAUCCCCCACACCCAACCUCUCUACCUCUUUCAGAGCACCCGGGCUUACAUUCCUGCCCCCCAGGAUUCACCCCAGUGAGAAAGUCAAAGCCUGCCCCUCUCCUCGAGGCCCAGGUUGGAAGAAAACCCUUCAGGUGGUCACCCCGCUCCCCCCAGGGCCUCUCCCUCACUGGCCAUUUUGAA